ACGUCAUCCAUGUUGAGUCAUUUUGCGGCGUCUCCGUGUCGGCGCAGUGUGUUGUAUGAAAGAAAUCUGUGCUCUCGUAUUGUUGACAGCGAGUGUGGUGUUGGUUGGUGGUCUGGAAGACGACCUGCCGCUUUCUGAGGCCACAAGUAACUCGCAAGUGUCCCACAGUCAGUGCACACGUAUUUUGGAAGAGUGUCGGCCGUGUGUCGAACAAGAUAAGAGAUGGCAGCUUGAAAGUUGUGAGAAAACUGGCCUUCACGAGAAAGUGCGAUGUAACGAUGGCAAAGAGAAAUUUGUCAGCUGUUCACGAUCCAAAGCGAUCGAAGCGAGAAACUUUUGGAUAUUCGAGACUGUCGCAUUCGCUAUCGGUGUUGUCUCCUAUAUCGUGGUGAAACUCAGACAGAAGCAGUUAGAUCGAGCGGCACUCCAAAGGAUAAGAAAACAAGUCUCCUCUGCCAUAUAGAGUAUGGAAUGUUCACGUGGAUGUCUUGGCAUGGAGAUGCGUACGUAGGACGAGGCAACAGGCUGAGACGUGUAGUAUUUCCGAUCGAGAGGUCGUUUUAGUUUAUUAGUAAUCUUAUGGUUGUCGAUACUGCACAAAGUCUUGACUCUAAACGUGUCGACAACCCAGGGGAACGUUUGUUGUGAUGAAAUGCGUGGGUGUGGGUGUGGGAUCACAGACAGGCAGGUGUGACAAUGUGUUGUGUAGACACAGAGUGAAGAAGUAGCAAAUGAUGUGAUACUAUUUUUAACGUUCUUUGUAAGAAGCUUAGUUUGGAUGGAAAGCGCAAAUUGUGUAGUCAAUAAAGCAAGUUAUGAGUACUAAGUACUAGAA